GUGUCAAUUUGAACCGAGAAAUACGCUUCAAAAUAACGCGAGAGCGCUUAGAGAUAAACUCGGGUGCUCUUGAAAGCGUUUAAGGGAGGCUGGAGCGCUCGAGACGGCAAGACGGCGUGAGCAACAGAGUGUGCGUUUUGUAAAACUCUACUGUAACGAAGCUUGUUAGCGUACUUUUGUAAGAGACAGUCAGCUGCAGCGAAGACACCUACCGGGGCGACGGGCGCGCAAAUGGAACUAAUGAGUUCUCUGUUGUUAUGCGCCCUUGUAGCGUUCCUGCCGCAAGCUUUAGGUGAGAUACUUCGUCAUACAAGAAGAACUUCAUUUGUCAAUGGAUACAACGACUCUCUAACAAUAAGGAGGAAAAUUAGCUCCAUCGGAAAGAACGUAAUCCUAAACAAGGCAUCCCAGCAUAAUACAUUCAAAGAUUUGCAAUCAGUACUUAUGGAUCCGGAUUGCAGAGGGUGCUACGUUUGUAUGGAACGAGCUAUGAACGCCAAUAAACCUCAAAUGCAUAUGAUGGAUCCUAUCAGUACUGAAGACUUUCAAAACGAUCGUAACUUAAUCGAUGUGAGUAGACGAGACAAACGGGCAGCUAUAGACACUACUACUGGAAAGAAGUAUAAAAGAAGCAAGAAAGAUAAAAAAGAGAAAAGGAAUAAAGGUGUUACGGUUAUAAAAUACAAUGAAAACGGUAAAAUGUUAUUAAAAGUUAAAGAAACAGACACAGUGUUAGAUUUUGAGAACAAAAGUGCAAAAGUCACUACAUGCGAAAUAUAUAGCGUUGAGAAAUCCUUUUCAUGUGAAUCGCCAGAAGCUAAUUUAAUUUUGACCGAUUCCAGAAAGAAAAAGAAUAAAAAAGAUAAAAUGGGAUACGGAAAACGAGAGACCACAAUACUAGAGCCGGUGAAACCAGUAAUGGCUCCAUUUUAUAGGAAAACUAAUGAAGAUGCUUACUAUGUUGAUCAAAUUCUAAUACCUUCAAUAGAAGACAUGUAUUAGGAACAUACUUGAUCUUAAUUAUCU